UUGAAAUUACACCCGCAGUUUGUAAGUCGCUCCCAAAUUGCAAAGCGCAACAUCUCUUUUUUAAAUAAGCGCCGCUGUGUCCGGUAUGAACGGUUCACGAAACAAACCGGCACCGACAGUCAGCAAAGGUCAGACGGACGCAAACACCGGCUCGGAGACGAAUCAUAGGGAUCGAAAGAGCGGAGGAGGAAUGCUGAAGAAGCUGAAGUCGAGGCGCAGUCAAACAGAUAAGUGGCCCGUGGUCACAGAGGAUGAACUCCGGGCUCUGGGGAGAGAUAUUACCCCGGACCAUGUCCUGGGUCUCCGGGUAGUCACGGAGGACUAUUUGUGCAAACCUGAAGACAAUAUCUACAACAUUGACUUUACACGUUUUAAAAUCAGAGAUCUGGAGACAGGAACGGUGCUGUUUGAGAUUGCCAAACCUCCCAACAGCGGUCCUGUGGAGGGUGAAGAGGAGAGUGGAGAUGUAGACACCAGUGCAGGGCGUUUUGUCCGAUAUCAGUUUACACCCGCCUUCCUAAAACUUUGCACGGUUGGUGCAACUGUGGAAUUCACAGUGGGCGACCGGCCCAUAAACAGCUUUCGUAUGAUUGAGAGGCAUUACUUCCAGGGACGCCUUCUCAAGAACUUUGACUUUGACUUUGGUUUUUGCAUUCCCAACAGCCGCAACACAUGUGAACACAUUUAUGAGUUUCCACAGCUUCCAGAUGACCUCAUUCGCCAAAUGGUUGCACACCCUUACGAGACCAGAUCAGACAGUUUCUACUUUGUGGACAACAAACUCAUCAUGCACAACAAGGCAGACUAUGCCUACAAUGGUGGUCUGUAAUACUCAAAGAUAAAAAAAAAAUUUUUGCAAUACUUCCCAGGGGAUGGAUGUCCUAUAUUACGACAAACCAAAAGCAGGGGGGGGCAGAAGUAUUCUCUCCAUUGUGGACAUUCCUACAGACGUGACAACAUUCUUAAGAGCCAACGAACCACAUCUGCCUUCAAAUGAAAUCAUGGAUCCAUUCACCAGUACCUCACAGAGCCCAGUUUCUGGGAUUCUGAGGAAUGUUCCGUUAAAUAUUUCUCUGUUAAAUCUGACUGAAACCUUUUUGUUCUCUCUUUCUGUUGGUCAUACAAGAAUCAUGUUACUGCUUGAACACUUGCCUUAAGUUUCUUGCCGUCUCUGCUGGAAAGGGACACUUUGAGUCAUAGACCUCUCAUGGCAAAGCCUAUAGACUGUUAGUUAUGAUUUCAUUUACUUUAGUAUAAAGCUGUUAUCGGUUGGUGUUUAUUUGAACUACCUUUUGCAAGUGACAAUUGUGUUUCCUGUAUGGAAAAGCGAGCAUUAACUAGAUGUUUUACAGUAUUGUUAGUCAUAGAUGAUCAUGUAGCACUAGUUGACAUUGUUUGAGUUUCACUCUUGCUUAAAUAUUGUUACGAGUCAUUUGGACUGUUUGCGUUGGAUGUUUAAGCUUGGUGUCACUUUUAUAAGGAACAUUGGGUUGUCCUAUCUGAUCUUCAGUAGGACAUUUUUGUUUCAAGAACAGCAUGAGCUCUUUACAGCAGUUUUAACAACAUUGAUGACUGUCAGCUGGGAAUCUAGCAUUUGUUCAAACUCUGUAACCUGCACACAUACUGGGAUACAUGAAAAGGACAAGAUAGCAGCAGAGUCUGAGAUACCGGACUUGCUUUAUAUGGCAUCUGUGUCUAAAACAGUGUGGUCGGCCCGCUUUAUCCACUCCAGUGUGUAAUCACACAGUUAUUUAAUCCCUUGAGGUUUGUCUUCCUGGUUUAUUUGGUACAGCACUGUGAAUCCCACUCUUAAGGAACCAAGUUUUUGCUGAGUGUAUCUUCAGCUGCUCUGCACUCAGGUUCUUAAUCUAGCACGCAACAUGUCAGUACAGAGUGAUGUAGCUUGGUAGUUGAUAUUGAUAUUUUGAUAUUGAUGUUGAUUUGAUGUUGAUAUUUUUUAACGAGGCAGUAGAGUAGAUACAGAAGUUGACCUGUUUGUCUAUUCAUGGAAGCCCUGUUUUAAAGACUAUACUGGUGGUUUUGCAUUAAUUAUAACCCAUUUACGCUAAAUUGUGUAAUGUUAUACUUGAGUUUCCAAAGUUUCCAGGUACACCUACACAAUGUAAUUUAAUUCUGCCUAACAGCCCUGCACUAAAUCCUUCCAUAGUUAAGCUUGCAAUACUCAGUUUUGGUGACACUAUAUCAGAGAGGUGUCUGUCUGUAAGAGGCUGCAGUGCUGCUGAAUUAUAUUCCAUCUAUUUAAAUGUGUUCCUGAAAAGUUGAGAUGUCUGUAGUGUUUAUUAAAAAUACCAACAAUGAGCAGUCUCCUGCCUGCCAUGUCAUUUCCAGUCUCAAUAUCCACUGUGAUUAGCUUGUUUCAUUCCUCUGAUUUUUCAUAUUGUCCAGACAUGAAUGGACAUCAGCAGCGGCCUGAAAGGCAGGAGAAACUCCUAAAACCAUGUAAAUGGUCAGCAUUGCUCUGACACCAUGAUGUAAUGCAUUUAAAUGCAGAACCACUGGUACAGACUGGAAGUAGUUUUUGAUGCACAAAUGAUCCGUUUACUGUACAUUGUAACAUUGAUUCCAUGUGCCUUAUAUCUAGGUGUUCAUUGUUGGGUUGCUUUUUGUAUGUAGGAGGACUAAGUGCAUCAUCCACCUGUAAGGCAAACACUGCAUAAAGGUAAAGGAAAGAAUAUUCCACUCCAGCGUUUUGCAGAACUGCCUGGUGUGAUAUGGGUGUCUUACAGCAUGUGUUGAGUCAUUUCAUGUACUCUUUACCUGUACAAACUUUGGCAUUUUAUCAAGUCAUUAUGUAAUAACCCCAUCAAGUGUGAUAUCAGGCACAUGCAUGGACAUCUGUAGUCUUUGCUCCAGGACUCUAUACACCCUCAAUUUUUGUCAGAUUGACAGCUGGUUAGCAACACUGGUGUUGUAGGAGCUGAGAAGACUGUGCAUUGUUUUGCAGCAUGUUUUCAGUCUGUGGUAUUUUGUCUUAAAAUCUGGUCUAAAUGGCACUUUGUAUAUCUGCACAAAAAGAUUUUAUGACAUGACCCCCCCCCCCCGAACAAUGUAUGAAUCCAUUCUGUUACCUGAUAAAUAGACUACUCCUUUUAUAUUGGCUGAUUUAAAAAAUGAUGCAUUUAUGUUGUAUGAAAUUUAAUGUAAAUAAAAAAGACAGACUGCAAAACAUGAAACUAAUGCCCCCCCCCCCCCCCCCACAUUGGCAUAAAUGGUAAACACAGACAUAUGGUUUGACUAUGUGGCCUGUCCAAGACAAAUCAUGCAUUAUAUAUGUAUAUUUACAUUACAUCUGCCAUAUUGGUACCUCAUGAAAACAUAAAUUCUGUUGACUUUCCUAUAUCCACACAAUUUUGGAUAGCUGUUGCAAACUGAAUAUUUUUGGUAUGACAUGAAAUCUCCAUUUAAUUCUGAUCUCCGUAUGUUGGAAAUGUAAAAUGGGAAAUCUAUGACAUUGUUUUUAAUGUUUAUGGAAUGACCAUUUUUGCACAGCUCUUGGUUUUUCAAGAUCUUUUUACUUCCUCUAUCAGUACAAUGAGGAUUUAACAUAUUUUCUCUCCGAUGUGGUUCUGUUCAAACAGCUUGUUUCUCAAAGUUGUAUGACGAUUGAAUUAUCACAGAGCUUUAAAGUAUGGUUUACCCACGAGUCAGUUUUAUAGGCUCAGACAUGUAUGUCACUGUAAUGAGGAAUUUAUUAAUAAAGCUGCUGCCAUAAAUUGUC